UAGCGCAUCCGCUCACGUUCGCGGUGCGCCCCUUCCCCAGCGUCCUCGCCUUCCCUGCUGUCUCUCUCUCUCUCCAGCCCGUCUGCUUCCUAGCUCUCUCUCGUCUCCUCCGCCGCACAUGUCCAAACCCUAGGACACCUCGGCUCCCUCCGCCCCGCGCCGCCUCACCCUGCCGCCGCCAACUUCCACUAGCAGCAGGACACUGGAUCUCCUGUCCUCCCCCGUCAUGGCUGCCGCCCCUCUGUCUCUCUGCCUUGCCUCUCUCUUGUCUGGACGGCGGCGACGCACCAGAGCUCGCACGUCCGUCUCCUCAUCCAUGGCGGGGUGGGUGGUCCCGGGCUCUGUGGGCGCCGCUCGUACACCGCCACAGUCAUGGGGAAGGCUCCAGCGCAAUCAACACCGACGGGAUCGAUCCAGCUUCGGCGGCCAUGGAUCUGGCAAGGUGGUAUGGCGGCGGCGGAGUACGAGAAGGUCCUAUCUCACCACGCAGAUCGUGCGUGCGCACAACGGCAACCGAGGCAGCAAAAUGGUGUUGCUUACAUCAAUGUUACCGACAGCCAGAUCCCACUGACUGGGCCAAACUCAAUCAUUGGUAGAGCUGUUGUUGUUCAUGCUGAUCCUGAUGAUCUUGGAAAGGGAAAACAAAUUCAAUGCCAGAUUCAGGCUUCUUGAAGUUGCCAUGCAGCAGUCUGCAACGGAUCAUGCAACAGGUGGCAAGCAGUGAAGGAAGUCCAAGUUAUGCAGUUUUUUUUUUCUUCUUCCUUUUCAUCUGCAUUUUUUAGGAAGGUUGUAACAACUAUAGAAUGUAUGUAAUGUAUAAAACAUGUGUAUCUCUUAUGUAUUUAAGGUGUAUUUUAAAUCUGCUCUUUUCUUUUUUUUUGUUUUCUAAUUCAUCAUUGGAGACACGUUUUGCCAAAACUGUCUCCAAUGAGCGGGUCAUUGGAGACAUUUUUUCUCAAUCCGCUUUUUUCAACCCCAUCUCCGAUUUGGGGCAUUGGAGACGCAUUUUGACAACACGCGUCUGAGACGCGUCUGAGA